AUGGCCAUUUGUCCAUCCUUGAGCGAUGCCAGCCAGGCGAAGCCUGUUGUCGGCGACAUAUCAUACCAUACCUUGACGACCUAUAUUGCUGCGGGGACCACCAUCUGCACAUGGAUAUUGUGCGGCAUACUUACUCUUGUACAUAUCCUGAGAUAUGAAGAGCCCAGACAGCAAAAGCAAAUCAUCCGUGUCAUCUGGACGCCAGCAGUAUUUGCCAUUCUCAGCUUCUUCGGCGUCUGGCAUUAUAACCUUGCCAACUACCUGACUCCAAUCGCCGAGCUAUACGAAUGCUUUGCACUCAUUGCACUCUUCUUCUUGUUGAUUGCCUAUCUGGCACCAGAUUCCUUUGAGGGGCAGCUUCAGUUCUUUGCCACUCAGCCGGGGACGGCCAAACCGUCCGAUGCCUCCAACAUCCACUGGUUCCGCAAGACUUGGAUCACGGUGAUCCAGAUUUUGCCAACCCGGAUCAUCACGGUCAUUGCCACGGAAAUUGUCGAAGCAACACAGUGCCAUGGAACGAAGAGGUAUCGUCGGGCGAAUACCAUUAUCAGCAUUGUCCAGGGAAUCUUGACUGCAAUCUGCAUGAUUGGGAUCUGGAAGUUGUAUGCGAGAUUUCGCAGUCAACUUCACGCUGUGGACCGACGGAUCCUUCAAAAGAUGGGUGUCUUCAAACUCGUCGUCUUUGUCCAACUCCUACAGAGAAUCGUCAUCAACGCCCUUUCGCAAAGUAACGUCCUCAAGCCAACAGAGCAUCUGACCUAUAACGAUCUCAAUCUUGGCCUGAACUCCUUCCUCACCUGCUUGGAAACAUUUGUAUUCGCCGUCUUGUUUGUCUGGCCCUACUGGCCGCAGAAGACAAGCACAAAUUCGAGGGCAGGAGUUGUUUCAGCAGUGUUCCAUGCAGUCAAUCUCGGAGACAUUGUCACGGGGAUCUUUCGUGCAGUACGGCUCUAUCGAGGGGAAUAUAUUGGGUCGAAAGACAGUCAUCAAGACUGGUAUGCGGUCGACAACGAUCAACCUGCAUAUGCGCAGCAGCGAGGUUUUGUGGCCAACAAAUUGCCGAGUGACGAACGUAUCUAG